GCGGCGGUCUCGGGCUGGUUUGCAGUCCGGCUGCCUGCCGGCGACAGUCCUCCGUCGGGGAACGUCGGUCGAGCUCUCACGAUGGCUCGGCUCUGCUCAGUCCAACAACCUCUCGAGCCAUCUGGGGCCUCGGAGCCUCUUUAGUGCGGAAGUUCGGGCCGCAGGCGGCGGGUGAGCAGAAACUCUGGAUGGACCCUUCCUCAGAAGCUUUGCUAAUUUGCAGAAGCUGGGCAAUGCACCUCAUUAACAUCUGUCUGUCAGCAUAGUCCUGCGUCCUUUCACUGUGGUGGCAGGUACUCAGCUCCGAAUUCUGUAUAGAAAAAAAAAACCCACCUGGAUCCCAGUCUUUCAAUGGCUUCAAGACAACCGGAAGUGCCGCCCGCUCUUGCUCCCAGUGGGCCUCUAAGCAAGAUGUCCCUGCCCAUCGGGAUGUGCCGCCGGGCAUUCAGCUAUGAUGAUGCCCUAGAGGACCCUGCACCCAUGACUCCUCCUCCAUCAGACAUGGGCAGCAUCCCCUGGAAGCCAGUGAUUCCAGAGCGCAAGUAUCAGCAUCUUGACAAGACAGAGGAAGGAGCGGCCAGUGUCUCUUCCCUUGCUGUGACUCCGUCAACAGCCACUGACAGCUCAGACAAGGCCCCUGUGGUGAAGGCUAAAGCUACCCACAUCAUCAUGAAUUCCCUGAUCACAAAACAGACCCAGGAGAGCAUCCAGCGUUUUGAACAACAGGCAGGACUGAGAGAUGCUGGCUACACACCCCAUAAGGGCCUCACCACUGAGGAGACCAAGUACCUUCGCGUGGCAGAAGCACUCCAUAAACUAAAGCUGCAGAGUGGAGAGACCACAAGAGAGGAGAAGCACCCUGCAUCAGCCCAGUCCACCCCAAGCAGCACCCCUCACUCGUCCCCUAAGCAGAAGUCCAGGGGCUGGUUCCCAUCUGGCUCCUCCACAGCCUUACCUGCCCCAAAUCCUCACAGCAUGGAUCCUGGGGGUGGAAAUGACAGGAACUCAGCAGACAAAUGGAGCCUCUUUGGACCACGACCCCUGCAGAAAUCUGAUUCUGGUUUUGCCAUUCAGGCUUACAAAGGUGCCCCCAAACCCUCUCCUAUGGAAGUGAUGCGUGCCCAGGCCACACGAGUAGGUGAAGAUCCAGCAGUCUUCAAGCCGCCAAAGAUGGAUGUCCCAGUGGUAGAAGGAAAGAAACAACCACCUCGCACCCAUAAUCUCAAACCCCGUGACCUGAAUGUGCUCACACCCACUGGCUUCUAGAAUGCUUUCUGUCCAGGGUCUGUAACCUCCCUGGGUCUGACAUAGGAGUGAUGUGGCUGGCCUGAGUGAGUGUGCAGUUGUCCUUGUGUGAGAGAAAUCGUUUUGCACUGCCUUCAGGUUGAUGGAAAAUGUCAGUGGUGUAGAGUCAAGGACCUCACUAUCUUUUAAAUCAUUUAUCCUGGAGAAGGGACUCUGAUCCUUGCUUUUCUAGGUAAAUUGUGCUGUAGUGCUUCCAAUACUAAGGCCGCUUGAUUCUUUUCCCAUGAUCACUUUGAGCACUGACAAAUCUUGGUAGAGGUGCCCACCAACCAGUUUGCACACUGGAGGCCUCCUGACAUGCGUUAGCCUGGACUUCUCUGAGAGCUGGGCACAGCUCACGGCUACACUUGGCAGGGCCCUGGCUCUCUAAGCUGAACCACAGGUCCUCCCCUCCUUUUUUCACCCCCAGGGUUUCUAUGUGUAGCCCUGGCUGUCCUGGAAAUAGCUCUUAAGACCAGGCUGGCCUUGAACUUACAGAGAUCCACAGGUCUGCCUGCUUUGAGUGCAGCCUCUUCUCUUUCGCACUUUAACCUCUAAUUCAGUAUGCUGGUUUCAUACUGGCAAUGGUUCCCACUCCAAUUCCAUCACUGAAGAUUAACCCAGACAGGGCUCAUGCUAGGCAAGUGCUCUACCACUGCGUGUCACCCCUAGUUCCUGGAUAUUAUGCUGUUUUAAUUGUGUGUGUUUUGUUUGAGAUGUCUCACUUUGUAGCCGUGGCUAGCCUGAAACUCAGUCAGAAGAUGUACCUGUCUCUGCCUCCCAGUGCUGGGAUUGCAGGUGUGACAACCACUUCAGCUCUGUUAGAGAAGAAGAUGACAGGUACAGGUUCACAUCAACUUGGUGCCACUGUAGUCUGAUAACACUGAGACCAUUUUCCACCAAGUUAACCUCAUCUGUUCAGUAACACACAUUACCGAGGAUAGGGGAAGGAUAUGGUCCGUUGGUUUUGAACACUCACAUAAUUGCUCGAUCAUUUUAGAUAGUAGUCUGUUUACAUAAUGAGCUAACCUCAUAGAGAAACCCUGGAGUCUAAGAUUGUUGUAAAAAUUAAUUUAUUUGUGUUAUCUUGUAUUGACAAAUAAAAAUCUUUACUACUUUCUCAA